AUGGGUCGGUCGAGGGGAGCCGGGGAGGAGGACCACGCGCCUAGUGGGGGUUCCAGACCCAACCGCUGCCGCUAUGCCACCACAAGUUGGCAAGACGCCAUGAGGGGACCAAAGCGCCGCCGCUAUGCCACCACAAGCUGGCAGGACGCCGUGGGGGGAGGUAGCAGCGGGGGGGGGGAGGCGCAGGAGCGGGGGGGGAAGGCGCAGGCGCAGCGGCAGGGGGCGGGGGGGGGGAUCGGGGGGAGGGGGGGGGGCAGGGGGAACAGGGGGGGGGCGCGCGGAAGGGGGUGUAUCACUGCAACUACUGCCACAGAGAUGUGA